CCAUCCACGACAGACCAUACCUCCUCCUGCACGGUAUGGAGGCAGACACACAGUGACUCUGAUUCCCGGAGAUGGCAUCGGACCAGAGCUGGCCAACCAUGUGCGUGAACUAUUCCGGUUCUGCUGCGUGCCAGUGGAUUUUGAAGUUGUCAAUGUGGACUCGACCAUGGCCUCAGAGGACGACAUCAAUAAUGCCAUAAUGGCUAUCAGGCGCAAUGGAGUGGCACUGAAAGGAAACAUUGAGACCAACCACAACCUGCCACCCUCCUACAAAUCCAGGAACAAUCUGCUCCGCACCACUCUGGAUCUGUACGCCAACGUGAUGCACUGCCAGUCUCUGCCAGGAGUGAGGACACGCCACAGAAACAUCGACAUCAUGAUCAUCAGGGAGAACACGGAGGGAGAGUACAGCAGCCUGGAGCAUGAGAAUGUACCGGGGGUUGUCGAAUGUCUGAAGAUCAUCACCAGGACCAAAUCUUUACGCAUUGCUGACUACGCGUUCAGAAUGGCUCGGGAGAAAGGACGCAGACAAGUCACUGCCGUACAUAAAGCAAACAUCAUGAAGUUGGGUGACGGCCUCUUCCUGGAGUGCUGUAAGGAGGUUGCCAGCGGUUACCCUGAAAUCAACUUUGACAGCAUGAUUGUAGAUAACACAACCAUGCAGCUGGUUUCCAGGCCGCAGCAGUUCGACGUGAUGGUCAUGCCGAACCUGUACGGCAACGUCGUGAGCAACGUGUGUGCUGGGUUGGUUGGAGGACCGGGCCUGGUGCCGGGAGCAAACUAUGGAGAGGAUUACGCCGUGUUUGAGACGGGAACGAGGAACACAGGGAAGAGCAUUGCUAACCGCAACACGGCAAACCCCACGGCCAUGCUGCUGGCCUCCUGCCUGCUGCUGGAUCACCUGAAGCUCCACGCCUACGCCAGCAUGAUCCGCAGAGCCAUCCUCACCACCGUCACUGAGACUCGGCUGCACACUGCUGACCUGGGAGGCCAAGGCUCCACCUCUGAAGUGGUCCAGUCCAUCAUGAAUGCUGUUCAGAGCACCGGGCCUCGCACACUGAGCAUCUAGAACACACAGACACACUGUAAAACACACAGACUCCCUUUAAACAGCAGAGACGAGUCCCUCUGAAACCUCUCCUCACUAACUCUUCUAUGCAAUUUUAUGGUAACAAUAGUGAGUUGUUUAAUAUUAAUUCUGAAGUGAAACCUUAUACACAAACUGUUUUUAUGUCUAUGCAGCAGUUUUUAUUUACUCACAGGGUUUAUUAGCUUUAAAGGUUCUUUUUAAAGCAGAUUAAUAUAAAGGAAUGUAGGUUGUUUCCUGACCUCCAUGUUGUUUGAGCACUUUAUAGCAGCAGUCCUUUCUGUGAGUAUUAGUUCAUUUAUUGACUGAAAAGAGUUUGAAAUGUAAAUUUAUUCCAAAGGUAGCCAUUCUCCUGCUGAAUGUAUGACACUGACAUUUCUAAUAAAGCCUGUGCUGUAACACA